AUGUCGCUGUCAGGUGUCAAGGUCUUUGUGAUGAUCUACAAGGAGGUAGAGCUGGCAUUGGGGAUAAAUAGUUUUUAUAGCAAGCAGCGUUUAGUCGAAAAAUGCCAGGAAAAUAUUAAAGUAUUAAGACAUCCAGAUCACGCGAGAGUCGGUGUCCUUUUGUGGGCGCAUCACGAAAAGAUCGUAGUUGUUGACCAAAGUAUUGCUUUUCUCGGUGGUAUCGAUUUGUGCUAUGGACGAUGGGAUAAUCAUGAGCAUAGACUGACGGACAUAGGUUCCACGCAUUUAUCUUCCAUUUACAUACCUUCAAAGGGAAAAGUAGUUAGCACUAGUAGCAAACGUGGUACAAGGACUGGGGCAAACCAUGUACUUCUGCCCUUAGCAAUAGCUACAAACACUGUUGCAAUGGCAACUACCAAAUGCAUUCCAAUACUGCCAAUGGUUUGUAAAACUAAAAAAAAGCCUCAAACACCCACAAUAGAUAUCAAUGAUCCAAUGAUCAUGAAUCCACCAGAGGGUCUAGAAAAUUUGAAAUGUAAUACUCCAGAUUCUCACAGGAAAAAUUUAUUUGACAUGGCAAUGAACACAGUGGACAAAGUUAAACAGAAUGUUAAAUUGAAAAAGAGGGAGUGGAUCAAUAUGGUGUACAACCCACAUGAAGCAAGUAGUGACGAAGAGGACACCGUAGAUAACGCAAAAGCCUUGGCAGCGAUAGAAGUCGAGGAGAGUUUAUACCCCAGCUUGGAAGACUCUGACCAAGUUGACGAGGUGCCGAGCGCUGGGGCGAAACUCUGGCUGGGCAAGGACUACGUGAACUUUAUCGUCCAGGACUUCAACAACCUGGAAAGUCCAUACCAGGAUCUGGUCGACCGCAGUACCACCCCAAGAAUGCCGUGGCAUGACGUCGGCGUCAUGGUCCAGGGUGCGAGCGCUCGCGACGUAGCGAGACACUUUAUCCAAAGGUGGAACGCCAUCAAGACCGAGAAAGCCAAGUUAAACGCCACCUAUCCGUUUCUGUUGCCCAAAUCUUACAAGGACUGCGAAAAUUUUGUGCCUCGAUUCGAGAUUGGGGCCAUGAAAAGUGUCAAGUGCCAAGUGUUGAGAUCCGUGAGCUCUUGGUCGGCUGGAUUUUUGGAGCCUGAUACUGUCGAGCAGAGCAUACACGAAGCUUACAUUCAUGCCAUCACCAAAGCUGAGAGGUUUAUCUACAUAGAGAAUCAAUUUUUCAUCACUCUCUCAACUUUGGAUGGUUCAAUUGUUAAAAAUCGAAUUGGUGAGACAUUGUUAAAAAGGAUUUUAAGGGCGCAUCGAGAGGGCACGGUGUUUAGAGUUUUCGUUAUCAUGCCUCUGCUUCCGGGUUUUGAGGGUGAAGUCGGUGGACCAACAGGCGCGGCUCUACGAGCCAUAACGCAUUGGAAUUACGCCUCCAUAUCGAGAGGAAGACAUUCGAUUUACAAUCAGCUGAUGGAAGCGGGUAUCGAUGAUCCUAGUGAAUACAUAACAUUCCAUGGCUUGAGAGCGCAUUCGAUGCUCAAUGGGACGAUGGUUACCGAAUUAAUUUACGUACAUAGCAAACUGAUGAUUGUUGAUGAUAAAACUGUGAUAUGCGGCUCUGCCAACAUCAACGAUAGAAGUAUGAUUGCCACAAGAGAUAGUGAAAUAGCUGUUAUAAUUCACGACACAGAAUUCUACGAAAGUAGACAAAACGGUAUGUCUUUCGAUUCGGGAAAAUUUGCAGGGUCUCUUAGGAAGCAUUUGUUCCGCGAGCACUUGGGCCUUUUGUGGUCUAACGAAGAUAUUAGCGUUAAAGACAUCGUGAGGAAAUCGUUUUACCACGAUAUUUGGCGAGAGAGAAGCAAAGUGAAUACAGUAAUUUUUGAGGAUGUAUUUAAUUGCAUCCCGACAAAUAAAGUAGUUAAUUUCCAAAUGUUGAAGCAAUAUCAAAACGAAACUCCUCUGUGUUCCACUAAUCCAAGUCUUGCUCAAAAGAUGAUUAAAAACGUUCAGGGUCAUCUGGUCGAUUUUCCACUAAACUUUCUCUGUAAUGAAUCGCUCAAGCCAGCUGCCAACACCGUUGAAGGAAUCAUGCCAACUUCCCUGUGGACUUGAAUCAGUAUUUUUGUUAUGCGCUUUAUAUAUUUAUUUUAGAGAAUGUGUUUUUAAUGUAUUACAUGUAGAUAGUAAAAUUUACAGUUAUAUUUUUAUAAUGAAACUUUUCUUGUAAAAGAUCUAGCCACUAUGCAUAAGGUAGCUAACUUUCCACAUAAUUGUUUAUUUUUUAGACAAUCGACACGUAUAAAAUAAUUUAAAAAUUAUAUCUCCUAAAUUUCAAGUUUCGCAAGAAGAAAAAGCUCGCGAUUUUUUUUGGUGCUCUUUUUUACUCCACCAACCAUAAUUUCUGAUGCCUUAUUCUUGUCCCGUUGCGUAUAUCGCUCACCACUGUCGAGAGCUUCGGUUUCAGUUAACUGUUUUACCUGGAAAUAUUCUCUUGCACACUUGCAGAACAGCUUGAUUGCUCAUCUGUCUGCACUUAUACAUCUAUUUGAAUAUUUUACCGCUCACUAGAAGCACUUGCCUUUACUAUUUGUGCAAGAAAGAUGUAAAGUGCCAAAAAUUGAUGGGCGUCUUAUAAUUCAAGGACAGCGUGUGAGCUUUUAACAUAACGAUCGAUCAAGUGGGGGUGUGCAAAUGUGUUUUGUCAAGCAAGGGGAUUUUUUUCGUUACCCGCUACGGGAUGAUUUGAUGCGUACGUGCAAUAAUGAUCCAACUACAGUUACCGAUAAUUAUUCAAGAUUAUCGAUAAUAUUUUGGGAUUGUUGCAGAUAAUUCAAAAUUUUUGAAAAGUUAUCGCUUAUUAUUUUAAUUAAAAAAUUCUUUUAUUUACCACUAACGUAUGCAUUUUAUUUACACAUUGCAUUUAACUAACGCUUUUGACAACUUUUGUAUUUUUUGAUUUUACGUUGUAUGAUUAUUUAAAAAUGCUCACAACAAUCUUAUAAAAA